GCAACCUCUGAAACCAUCUGAAAUAUCUGGUGGAAUAAUUGUCAUGGGUUUGGAUACUUUUCUUUUGGAUUAACGGAUAUAUAUAUAUAUAUUUUAAAUAUUACUAGGCCUACGAUCUGCUAAAGCAUCUAAAAUAGGAUGCUCAAUAGUCUAUGCCUAUAGAUAUAAUAUUUGUUAUUUCUGAAAUAGUAAUUGCUGAACUGUGCUGAGAUUUUAUUGCGCACUUUAUUCUAUUCCAUGAUCUAGGCUACUUUUUGUUUUGGGAAUUUAGUUUCAGGUUGUAGGUUAGGAAACACUCUGAGCAGUGAUAAUUUAUUGAAUGAGUUAGCCUAUUCAUUUCAAGUAGCCUAGUAUAAUAAUAUAAUAAAGAUGUGGACUUUUCUUGGAAUUGCAAGUUUCACCUACAUUUAUAAGAAAUGCGACGCAGUUUUGGAGUAUGCUCACAAAGAGAUAAUCCUGGCGGCUGUAGUGUUCUUGGCAGUGGGGAUGCUGCUAUCCUAUGUCAGGUACCACGGACAUACAUUCAAGGUACCCCAAAUUCUACAAUUACCGCUGGAACUUUUAUUAACCCUACCGGUCAUCAAUACAUUUAUACCGAAACCCUCAGCUGUCAGGCACAGGAGUGGAGAGAGCGCUUCAAAGAAGGUGAGUAAUAAUAACUACAAUCUGUUGAAGACCAAAAACCCAAUUAUUAUUAUUCUCACCCGUUGGCCUACUUCAGUAUACACUAUAUACAAUAAAAUAGUGUCCAAUUAUAGUGCAAUUAUAUAUGUUUUAAUCUUCUAUGGGUAAGUACCAUUGAGACCUGCAGAUCUAUGUGUUUAUUUAAAUCUCAAACAAUUCUUUGAAUGUUCAUCAUUGUUUGAGAUUUAACAGAACACCUCUAAUGAAGCCUUUUUGUUAUAGCAAACCAUACACCUUUUCAAUCACCAUUGCAAAGUACCAUGAACAUGCCCAUUUAAUGAUUUAAAUUCGUUUCUGUCUCUCCCCACCCUCCUCGCUUUCUCUCCAAACAGGGAGGUGGCAGGAGGAAACGAGUGGCUUCCUCAGGCAUGGAGAGCCCCCCAGCAGCAGGUGACUCUCCUGCAUCUCAGGAGCCAGAUGUGAUCAUCGUAGGGGCGGGAGUCCUGGGGUCGGCCAUGGCUGCAGUGCUGGCCCGGGACGGCCGGAGGGUCACUGUGAUAGAGAGGGACCUGAAGGAGCCUGACAGGAUAGUGGGAGAGCUGCUGCAGCCUGGUGGAUACAGGGCCCUGAGAGAACUGGGAAUGGAGGGUGAGUGGUCUCUGGAGCAUGGACUAGAGAUCUUUUAGCGUGGGGUCUACGUGUAAAAAGGUGAUAGCGUGGGGCAAACGACCAAUGGGCUGACUCGCAACAAGCCCUUGCAUUAAAUGGGGGCUGUGCUCAACGAGCAAGGCUCACUGCAGGACCUAUAUAGGGCUUAUGACAACUUAAUAAAGGCUUUAUAAGUUGUUGUUUGUUUAAAGUGAGACUGAACAAACUGUUGCCUAACCCUGGGCUCUCCUCUCAGGUUCGGUGGAGGGGCUGGAUGCCCACGUGGUGAACGGCUAUGUGAUUCAUGACAUUGAGAGCAGCACAGAGGUGGAGAUCCCAUAUCCCCAGGCAGACAGCAGUAUCCAGUGUGGCAGGGCCUUCCACCACGGACGCUUUAUCAUGGGCCUGCGCAGAGUCGCGCUCGCUGAGCCAAAGUAAGCCUGGGAGGGAACCUGCACUAUACCUGUUGGACAUAUCAUUACUAUCACUAUGGCCACACGUUUUUUCCUGACCACAUGACUUGACCAGGACCAACUCCAGGGUUUAGUUGUUAUAGCCUGAUUAUGUUUUUCCUGGUCAGGUCAUAUGUUCAGAAGAACCCGGCUCUAUUAAUACCAUCACUAGAACUACUGUUUCUUAAUAGCUGGUACUUUGCUCUCCCCUAGUGUUACGUUCAUAGAAGGCACUGUGUCCAGCCUGGAGGAAGAGGAUGACUGUGUGACAGGAGUGCAGUACAGGGACAAGGAGACAGGAGACACAAAGGUAAACUCUAAGCUUGUGAUGCAGCUUAUACUUUGGUACUCUACAGAUAGCCGUUGCUGUGUAAAAUAGCCCCAUGCUGAUACUCACAAUUACACUUGACAGUAUUUACACCUAUUGAUUAGCAAUUCACCAGGAUCCAUUGAUAAGACAAGCAGUGUAACAGAUGUGUUUUUAACUGAUGUAAUUGUGUUAACCUGUCCCAUAGGAGGUCCAUGCAGCAGUAACUGUAGUAGCUGACGGCUGUUUCUCAAAGUUCAGGAAGAGCCUGGUAGCUGGGAAGGCCCAGACCUCCUCUCACUUUGUUGGAUGCAUCAUGAAGGUUUGUUCAAGUAUUAUGUUGAAUGAAUGAAUGAAUGAACGAGCAAAUCAAUGAGUCGACCGACCGACCGACCAACCAACUAACAUAUGCCAUUUAGCAGACACUUUUUACCAACCAACCAACCAACCAACCAACCAAACAAUUAGUAAAAUGCAGUCAGACUAAUGUAUUUCCUUUCUGUCCUCUCCUGUCGUGGUCAGAACUCUCCCCAGUUCAAGCCCCACCAUGCUGAGCUGGUCCUGGCCAACCCCAGCCCUGUCCUUAUCUACCAGAUCUCCUCCUCAGACACCAGGGUACUGGUGGACAUCAGGGGAGAGAUGCCCAGGAACCUCACCGAGUACAUGGCUGAGAAAAUACACCCACAACUACCAGGUAAGGGAUUUAGGGUAUACACUAUAGAGAUUUAAACAGUAUAGCUUUCCCAUGUGUUCAACAUCCUUUACAUUGUAUGGAGGGAUGGAAGGAUGGCCUUGGGUCUUGUGAGACUUUAGGGCAAACUAACCAUAUCCACCACCAAUGUAUAGCACCCACAUGACUAUGUGCUUGAGAGCUUCAACACAUGAAAAGUAAAUGACGGCAUUAUGGGUUGACGUUCACUCUAUGUUGAUUAAAAUUCUUUAUCCACCCAUCUUUGUGGUGAUGAAUGUGUGACCUCUGACCUGGCUCUGUUGUCUCUUCUCUAGAACACCUAAAAGAGCCGUUCAUGGUGGCUCUGCAGAAUGACCGGCUGAGGUCUAUGCCAGCAAGCUUCCUGCCUCCGUCCCCAGUCAACAAGCCAGGUAGGACACUAGUACUGACCACAGUGUUGGGCUGUGUCCCAAAGGGCAAAUGGAAUAGGGUCCCAUUUGGAACGCAUCCUUGGAGAGUUUAAUGUUGGCUGUGUGGAGUCUCUACCACCAUUAUAGCAUGACAGAGAAACUUUCUCUCUUAAAACAGCAAUAAACCUUGAAAGCCUCAAAAUAAAUACUAGACCAACUGCAUUGCUCCAUUUGUUAUGUUCAUUAACUGUAUAUUAUUUUAUCUUUAGCUAAGUAGAUUGACCAGAUCAGAUAUUUUGCUGAAAAAGAUGGUCCCUCUAGCAGUGUAAAUGUGUGAUGUUAGUGAGGUGAGGACUGGGGCUAACAUGGGCCUUUGUCCUCUUCCAGGUGUGCUCCUACUGGGUGAUGCCUACAACAUGAGACACCCUCUGACCGGAGGAGGGAUGAGUGUGGCCCUCAACGACGUCCUGAUCUGGAGGAGCCUGAUGAAGAACAUCCCUGACCUGUACGACAACACAGCCAUGCUCCAGGUAAACUCACAUCCCUAAUCUCAUCCCCCUUUCUUAUGAUUAUUACAUUUACAUUACAUUUUGGUCAUCUUAUCCAGAGUGACUUACAGUCAGUAUUAUGUUAAUGAUUGGACAGUGGGUAUUACAGAGAAGGGAUAGGCAGUAGAGUGGUUCAGACAGAAUGGCCAACCAGGGGGAUAUGUGGUCCGGAGUCAGCAGCGCUUCCACCAGACCAGACUCCACCACACACAUUUUCACUGUCUGAAUGGCCUUGGUUGGAAUGUGUAUUGUUGUUUUGUGGAAUGUGGGUCCAUAUUGCAUUGUAAUCACCUGCUACCACAGACCGUUAGGGAGUUUUAUGUGCGGCACAGGGCAUAUUGUUUCUGUAAUCCACAGUGUUGUACUAGUCAAAGGAAUAGUUACAGAGCAAUGUUAGGAUAUACUGUAUAAUGCUGAAUGUUUUUUGUGUGUUUUUUAAAAUAAUAGGCAAAGAAAAAAUUCCACUGGGAACGCAAGUCAUCACAUUCCUUUGUGGUGAAUGUGUUGGCUCAAGCCCUGUAUGAGUUGUUUGCUGCAACAGACAGUGAGUCUCCUUCUCUGUUCUUUUUUCUGUCCUCUGCCAACACAGGAUAGAUAGAAUAAGGUCAUACAUGCUUAUGACAAGUCUUUCGGUGCAUUAUAAUGACAUCAUAAUGCAUUAUACCUGUAGGCUUUAAUUAAACUGUUACCAAUGUCUCUACUUCAAUCAUUUGUUUUCUAAUGGUCCAGUACUUCUACUCAGUAUAAUUUAUGUCCAUAUACCUCAAAUAACUGACACUAAACACUUAGCUAGGGGCGAUUAUAGCAAACAGAGAGGGAAAUUUAGGACAUAUUCAGUAUAAAUGAUUUCUGCUGAAAUUAUAUUUAGCGUUAAGCUGUGGAUUUUACUAGCGUGGUGCUACACUGAGAUAUACUGUACCAUUUAGCAUAAUGUCCUUCCUGACUGACAUGUAUAUUCAUAUGAGCUGUUUGGUGUUUGUGUCUUUCAGAUUCUCUCCACCAGCUGAGAAAGGCGUGCUUCCUUUACUUCAAGCUGGGUGGGGAGUGCAUCAAUGGUCCCAUUGGUCUUCUCUCAGUGUGAGUCUCACUAAUGUGCUCGACACACUUCCAAAACUGUUACAGUUGAUCCUUUACUGUGUAUGUCAUGUCAAUGCAAUAUUCCCCAUUCAAAAAAUAUGUCUGUAAAAUAUUCACGUAUAUACAUUACACUGAGUGUACAGAACAUUAGGAACACAUUCCUAUUAUUGAGUUGCUCCCCCCCCCCUGCCCUCAGAACAGCCUCAAUUUGUUGGGGCAUUGACCCUACAAUGUGUUGAAAGUGUUCCACAGGGAUGCUGGCCCAUGUUGACUCCAAUGCUUCCCACAGUUGUGUCAAGUUGGCUGGAUGUCCUUUGGGUGGUGGACCGUUCUUGAUAAACACGGGAAACUGUUGAGCGUGAAAAACCUAGCAGCGUUGCAGUACUUGACACACUCAAACCGAUGCGCCUGGCACCUAAUACCAUUUCAUUGGCACUUAAAUAUUUUGUUUUGCCCAUUCACCCUCUGAAUGGCACACAUGCACAAUCCAUGUCUCAAUUGUCUCAAGGCUUUAAAAUCCUUCUUUAACCUGUCUCCUCGCCUUCGUCUACACUGAUGGAGUGGAUUUAACAGGUGACAUUAAUAAGGUAUCAUAGCUUUCAUCUGGAUUCACAUGGUCAGUCUAUGUCAUGGAAAGAGCAGGUGUUUCUAAUGUUUUGUAUACUCAGUGUAUAGAAAUGUAUACUGUACAUGCACCUGUAUUGACAUUAGAGGACCACAAUGGAAAUAAGCCUUUGGCCCUUAUUGUGUUUUUAUCCUCGAUAAUUUGUUAUGUAUGUAAUGUUGUCUCCAGCUUGGGCAGCCUACUACUAUUAAUGAUCAAAUUCCAUCAAUCAAUAGUCUAUGGUUCUAAUUAACUCUCAAUCCAUUCUAUACCCAGGUUGACGCCCCAUCCGAUGACUCUGAUAGGACACUUCUUUGCCGUCGCCUUGUACGCCAUCUACUACAGCUUCAAGUCUGAGUCGUGGCUCACCAAACCCCGAGCCUUAUUCACGAGUGGAGCUAUCCUGUACCGCGCCUGUACCGUCAUGUUUCCCCUCAUCUACUCUGAGUUGAAGUACCUGGUGUACUGAGCAGUGCUCUAAUCUGAGCCCUAAUCCGGUGGAACGCACACCAGCCUUAGACAACAGGGUCGUAUUCAUUAGUGCACAAACGUAGGAAAACAUUUUGCAAUGGAAUACGAAGACAAGUUCAGGUUGUCCCCUACCCUGUUUCUGCCUGGUGUCUUCCAUUUAGUUUCUAGUGAAUACGACUCUGGUUUACUGAGCAGUGCCAUCACUGACCCCCGGUGGAGAAUACACACACCACCAGCCUUAUGGUGACAUGACAUACAAACAGUACAGUGACCUAAAGAUACACUAUGGAAGUGUAGUUGUCAACUGUCAAGUCACAUUUUGGCUGUAUGUAUGAUCUAUAUGAAACCACUUAGUUUUAGGCCAACAAUUUAUGCUUUUACUCGUUGGGUGUGGGGAGGCAUGCCACUUUCUGUCUAAUUAAGUAAUUUUUGGUCAAUGUUUCUGUCCAUUUAGGCCAGGGAUCCCUUUUUGGCUCAAGAGCACACCUAGAGGCAACAAUUCUGUGUAGCCUCUUUAAUAUUACACCAUCCUAUCAUGACUAUCAACAGGGAUCUGGUACAGGUCUCUAAAGGGACUAUUAUUCAGUGCUGAAGGCUUUUAUCUUGGUCAAAUGCCUUUCUUUAUCCCUGCCUAAAGGUCUGCUCAAUGUGAAGAUGUCUUCUGAGGACGAGGUCUAAAUUGACAGUGACAAUUAUUAUUUAGUAAUGCCUUGCAUAUUCAGAAUGUACAUUACAACCAUGUAAUUACAUAGUGUAACAGACAAUGCGUAAUAAGAGGUUUGCAUUAGCAACUCUUAAUUGCAAAUUUGACCAAAUAACCAGCUGAAUAUACAGUAGAACUGACUACAGGUGUCUGUCAAACCACUUUGAUGCUAAUUUCUUGUGGAAAUUGAGCAUGAGGACAAAAAAUGUCCGCCCUGCUUGUAAACGACUGUGGUUGUCUUCUAUCUUCUCUCCAUGCCAAUGACUUCUUUCAACCCGAAGCACUUACACUGUUGGUUCCCCCACAUGUUGGUUCCCCCACAUGAAGCUGAGUGUAAAUGACGGCUCAAAACACAGUUGGCUGUUUGUCUACCCUUCCUCCAAACGGUAUCCUUAUUUUGUUCUGAAAAAGUAUGUUCCUUGUGCAUUUGCAAUUAUUUUAACUGUACAUGUACAAACAAAUGAUAAUGUAUUGAACUGUUUAUUGGUUCAAGUCAGAUCGCCUGUCCUUAACUUUUGCCAAGUUAUGGUUUUCCUGCCUUAAAAGUUUUUCUUCUUUACACAUUUUUUUUCCAUGACACCUCUGGUACGUUCACUUCUUUAAAAGUCAUUCUUCAGUUGUGAUCACCUGCUGGAAUUAAAGCGUGACUGUCUGAGGAUUGCAGUGUUGAGCGCCACCUAG